GCCAUGGCAACAAAACAAUUUGUUUUUGAAAAAUCUUUCACUUUUCACCGGCCGCUUUUUAAAAUAUUAGCUCAGAAUAGUAUCAGAAAUAAGACAUCCUCGAAAUGGACAAGCCCCAGUUAAUCGAGCACCUCCACGAGGCUGUCAACUACACGGUGUACGACACUAAAUGGAUUCCGCUUUCCGCCAAGUUCGUGGUGCUGGGCUCCAAGCCCAACGCGCAUGGAAUCAUGGACAUCUACGAACUGAACCAGGACAAACUGGUCAAGGUGAAGUCCGUGGAGAAGAAGGUGGCCUUCAAGUGCGGCACCUUUGGCGCAGCUUCACUGAGAAAUCGACACAUGGCUAUCGGUGACUUCGAGGGAAGGCUUCAAGUUCUGGAUAUGGAGCAGCCAGAUCUUCCGGUUUAUAAUGUCAAGGGCCACAGCGGCAUCAUCAACACUAUCGAUGCGAUCGGAGGCACUCAGAUUGAUUGUGGGGCACCGGAAAUCGUAACUGGCAGUCGUGACGGCGCAGUCAAGGUCUGGGAUAUCCGGCAGGGACAGGCUCCUGUUGUGGACAUGUCGCCUCCACCCCAAAUGGGCGAUGGCGUUAACCAGAGCAGCGCUCGGCGAGAUUGCUGGGCGGUGGCCUUCGGAAAUACCUUUAACGCCGAGGAGCGGAUUGUUGCCGCCGGUUAUGACAACGGAGAUCUAAAGAUAUUCGAUCUACGUACGCUUUCCGUGCGCUGGGAAGCAACCAUGAAAAAUGGAAUCUGCGGUCUGGAGUUCGAUCGCCGGGAUAUUCCCAUGAACAAGCUGGCGGUGACCACUUUGGAGGGCGGUCUACUCGUAUACGACAUGAGGACCCAGCACCCGACCAAGGGGUUCAGUUAUGUGGAGGAACGCAACGCCGGUCGAAGUGUGGGCACAAAUGGCGUUAUCAGUGGACCCAAAGCCACCGUCUGGGUGGCGCGUCAUCUGCCCCAGAACAGGGAUAUAUUUCUCACGGGCGGAGGAACUGGCUCGAUUCGCCUAUGGCAGUACGAGUAUCCCGACAAAAGGGUUAUCGACGAUUCAGACGGCAAUAAAAUAGGAGUGGCCGGAUCGCUAAACAUGAUCAGUGCAGCCACCAUGAGCUCUCAGCCAGUUCACUGCUUCGACUGGCAUCCGGAUAAACUAGGUCUGGCCGUUUGUGGAUCCUUUGAUCAGAGUGUACGUGUUUUGAUUACCACCAAAUUGAACACUUAUUAGUGUCAAAAAAGCAAGAAAGAACACGAAACGCGUAAUAGAUGCCUCAACCUUGUGAUAUCAAAUCAUGGGUAACCGCUUGUUUAUUUUUGUAGGCAAUUUUUUAAGCUUGAAAAAAUAGGUUUCCUGAUUGCUCCUACUAGUUAAACACUAGAUCAGCCGCUUGACCUUAAUUAAAAAAAAAUCAAAACUAGAAUAUUAAACUAAAAGAAAUAAUCAAGAAGAAAUAAAUUCAUUUUCAUUAAUAUUACAAAA